AUGCCGGCCGCGACACACUUCUCCUUGUCCGGUGCCCGACUGCUCAGUCGUGCAUCGCGGCCCCGCUCUGGACAUGUAUUCAUCCCUUCCGGCUGGAGAGACAGCAUCCCCGCGCAACCUCGACCAAGUCUCCACACGUCACGACAGCAUUUGAUGAAUACGAAGCUGUGCAGCGGGCGACAUCGACAUCGUCACUACAGCACAGGGAGCAGUGCCAAAGCCCCUCCUUUUGCCUUCGCAUUCGAUAUCGAUGGUGUAUUGCUCCAUGUAGCGAAGCCAAUCCCGGGGGCGACUGAGACCCUCAGGUAUUUGCAGAAGAAUGACAUCCCUUUCAUCCUUCUCACAAACGGUGGAGGCAAGCAUGAAAAAGACCGGGUUGCUCAGUUGAGCGACAAACUGGACGUGGAGCUGUCGACAGAGAACUUCGUGCAGUCCCACACGCCGUUCCAGGAACUUGUCCAUGGCGCAGAAGGGUUAGCAGACAAGAACAUCCUCAUCACAGGUUCUGAUGCAGCGAAAGCUCGCACCAUUGCCGAAGCUUACGGUUUCAAGAACGUCAUCACUCCGGCUGAUAUCCUGAUGGCCCAUCCGACUAUCUGGCCCUUCGAACCUCUAAUGGAGGAGCUUUACGCAGCGACUGCGCGUCCCUUGCCCACCCCGCAACCGAAGCUCGAUGCCAUUUUUGUCUUCAAUGACCCUCGCGACUGGGCCCUGGAUAUCCAGAUCAUCAUGGACUUGCUCAUGUCGCAGAAUGGCGUGCUGGGAACGUACUCCUCCAAGAACGGCAGACCCGACCUCCCUGAUGGUGGGUGGCAGAGCGAUGGCCAGCCACCUCUCUUUUUUUCGAACCCGGAUCUGUUCUGGAGCGCAACCUAUCACCACCCACGGUUCGGCCAGGGCGCUUUCCAGGCUGCCAUGGCAGGAGUCUGGCGCGAGAUCACGAAUGGUAAAGACCUCAAGCGAACUGUAAUUGGGAAGCCAUACAGGCAAACCUACCGCUACGCGGAACGAGUUCUGAACAGCCACCGAGCCCAGGUUUUGGGCUUGAACAGCAUUGAGCCAUUGGGCAGAGUCUACAUGGUUGGCGAUAAUCCAGAAAGUGACAUCCGGGGUGCAAAUGAGUUCGAUAGUCCCGAUGGGACCGCGUGGACCUCAGUUUUGGUGCGGACAGGAGUGUGGAGUCCUGAACGGGGUGAGCCGACACAUCAGCCGAAGAUGAUCGUGGAUGAUGUUGCCGCAGCGGUUGAUUGGGCACUGAAGCAGGAAGGGUGGCGGUAA